UUCGCGCCAGAAUCCUGCUCACUAUGUCAACAAAACCGAAAAAUAUCCAACUCGGUGACAUAAUGAUUUCCUAAAUACUCAAUGAAAAAGACUUUAAAUCUUAACAAACAGCAAGAGAAAAGCAGUGGCAAUUGCGUAGCGUGAGAUUCAAGGCGAGAAUAGAAGUGUUUCAGGACAGGAAAGAACAAAAAUCCUCUAAAUCUAAAAGGAAAGUCGAAGAAUCCUUCAAAAAAAUCCUCGAAAUCAAGAACAAAUUGUUUUUAUUUAUGUCGUGAAGAAGAUUAUUUUUUGUUUAUUAUUUCAACAAACAUGUCUCUUAAAAGUUAUAUUACAAAUGUGUUCAAGAUGCACGGGCUGGCCAUCCGUAGUGAUGGAGCCAAGUACCUGUGCGAACUUCUGGAGCCGCUUCCAAAAGACGAACACGAAGAAUGGAUCGAAAAAGUUGUGGAGGCCGUUCAAAAGCUACCCAUUAAUUCCACGAUGAUAUCAAAGGAUGCUAUUCAUAAGGCGGCUCAGGAUGUUAGUGCAUCAGAAAACGAUGAUAUGGAAAACCUUCUUCAAAUAAUUGACAUCUUCAAAGUUCCAAAGUUAAUGUACCAUAUUGAGAGACGAAAAUUCAUGCUAGCACCCACUGUUGCAAGGAAUCUUCAUGGGGAUGCACCAGAUAAGGCAACACUCUUUAGAGACAGGUACACCAUGGUAUAUCAACGUACAUGCAACCAUGAGCUUUUUCGCCGUACUUCAGUGGGUGCCAAUGAGGAUAAGAGAUUUGGUCUGAUGAAGGUUGAGUUCCUGUUAGGAUCAAGCAGUCGGCAGGAUGAUGUAGUGGUAUUAGGCCUGUUAACUCAGUUAGUGGAGGGCCAGCAUCAUUUGGAGGAUGACACAGGAGCUGUGACUCUUAACCUGACUAACUCCAAGUUUCACACGGGUUUGUUUACUCAAAACUGUUUUGUCCUGGUGGAGGGUUGGUAUGAAGAUGGUGUACUACAAGCCAAUGCUGUGGGCCUCCCUCCUCCUGAAACACCAAACUCAACAAGAGCACUUUUGGGGAAUGUGAACUACUUUGGAGGCCAAGGAAAUGUUUGCGCAAAAAAUGUUCUCAAGCUACAGCAAGCAGAACAGGAGAACCAAGAGGCUAUGUUUGUGGUGCUGUCAGAUCUUUGGUUGGAUAAGAUAAAGGUAAUGGAAAAGUUGAGAACACUUUUCACUGGCUAUGCACAGUUUCCACCAACAGCAUUUAUAUUUUGUGGUAAUUUCUUAUCAGCUUGCCAUGGAUCUCAGCAGGCUACAGAUGUUCGUCAAGCACUGUCUGCAUUGGGUGACCUUAUUGCUGAAUUCCCAGAUCUGCAGACCAAUUCCAAGUUUAUAUUUGUGCCUGGGCCGAGUGACCCUGGCCCAAGUAACAUAUUCCCAAGACCUCCCUUACCUAACUAUGUAACAGAUGGAAUCAGACGGAAAGUGUCAAAUGCAGAAUUUGUGAGCAACCCAUGCCGUCUCCUAUACUGCACACAAGAGAUUGUUAUCUUCCGAGAGAACAUUGUAGCUAAAAUGUGCCGCAACUGUGUUUAUUUUCCAAAUAACUCAGAUGAUAUUCCUGCUCAUUUUGCAAAGACUAUGGUCUGCCAAGCUCAUCUUGCCCCGUUGCCUCUUCAUGUCGUGCCUGUAUACUGGGGGCUAGACCACUGCCUUGCAUUGCAUCCCACUCCAGACCUCAUUAUUACAGCUGAUAAGGGAGAUGCCUUCACUACAGUACAAAAUCAGUGCAUUGUUAUGAAUCCAGGUUCAUUUUCAAAGACAGACUUCUCCUUCAAGGUAUACAUGCCUGCUUCCAGACAAGUGGAGGACAGCCAAAUUGGAGAUGAGGAUAUGUAGGAAAUCCUUUUCCUAAUUUUAAGAAAAGUUUAUAUCACUAAUUGUAGAAGAAAUUGUAUAUUUAAAUAAAUACUGGAAAAAAAAAA